AUGCGAAAACAAGCGCGUCUUUCAAGACAUAGACGGGGACGUAUAGAUUGGAAGGAUGGAGCUAAAAAUGAAGGAGAUAAUAAGCCAAAACAAAAUAACCUUAAAAAACCUAAAACACAAGAUCAACACAAAACUAAACAUAAUCACAACAGCAAACAUGAUAAAAAAUCCUCUAAAUAUGAGACUGAUUAUUAUGAAGAUAAUGAUAGCGAGGAGCAGGAGGAUGAUUAUGAAGAUGAGUAUGAGGAUUAUUUGAAAUCCGAAGCCGAUGCUUUGAAUAAUACCAAAAAGGCUCAAGUGGAGGUGGUGAUCUUCAAUCGUGUACCCAAAGUAGGCUCACAAUCUAUGAUGCAGCUAAUGAUGGAGUUGGGCAAAGUUAAUGGUUUCAUACAUUCACGCAAUGCGGGUAAGGCCCACGAAACCAUUAUGCUAAAGCCCCCACUACAAAAGGAAUUAAUAGAGGAGAUUUAUAAGAAACCACGCCCCCAUAUUUAUAGCCAACAUUUGGCCUAUGUUAAUUUCACACGUUUCCAUAUGCCCAAACCCAUCUACAUUAAUUUGGUACGUGAUCCCGUUGAACGUAUUAUAUCAUGGCAUUAUUAUGUAAGAGCUGACUGGUACUAUCGCGAUAUGAAAUUGAAAUUGGGCGAUAAGGCUCCCAAUAGGCCUUCGGAUGAAUUUAUGAAUAUGGAUUUCGAUACGUGUGUACAGAAGAAAGACAAAUACUGUCAAUUCAAUCAAAUGGAAAUAAAAAAUCCCGCAGGCGAUCAUAGACGUCAGACUUUGUUUUUCUGCGGACAAAAUCAUCAGUUGUGCAUGCCUUUCAAUUCGGAGGCUGCCAUGCAGAAGGCUAAGCGUACGGUGGAGGAAGAAUAUGCUGUGGUGGGCACUUGGGAGGAUACCAAUAUAACAUUGUCGGUUUUAGAGCAUUAUGUACCGCGUUUCUUUAAGAAUGCCAAAACCGUGUAUCACUUAAAACGCGAUCAUUUGUCCAAGGUUAACAAAAACAACUCCACCCGUCCCGUUAGCGAAUUCACUAAGGAAAUUUUGCGCAAAAAUCUUACCCGUGAAAUAGAAUUCUAUGAAUUUUGCAAACAACGUUUAUAUUUGCAAUAUGCCGCCAUUAAUGAUGGCGAAAGUUUGGAUAAUGAUGAAUAUAUGAUGAUACCCGAUCAUGAGGAUGAUGAUGAUGAUGAAAAUGAAGAAGAUGAUGAUAAUUAA